CGAGUUGCAGUUUUCAAUUUUAGAUCGUCAGGCUCAACAUCGAACUUCAAAUAUGCCGAUCGAAAACCUUGAAGAACAGGGUCUGGAAAAGAACCCAAAAUUGGAGCUUGCUCAAAUCAAGUUUUUGCUGAGUCUGCCGGAACAUAACCAGGACAAGGCACUAGCGGAAAAACUGAUGGCUGCCAUCAAGGCGGACAACAUGGCUUCGUGGUACGAGGAAGUAUGCAAAGAUUUGGCAUGGACGGUCGAUCAAAAGCUACUGGCCGAUAUGAAGGAAGUUAACCGGAAGAAGCUGGAAGAGUUGGAUGCUGUUAUUGAUGAUGCUGAGAAAAACCUUGGCGAGAUGGAAGUGAGGGAGGCUAAUCUGAAAAAGUCCGAGUUCUUGUGCCGAAUUGGCGAUAAGGAAGGGUCUAUUUCGGCAUUCAGGAAGACCUAUGACAAGACUGUUUCACUCGGACAUAGGUUGGACAUAGUUUUCCAUAACAUUCGUAUUGGCCUGUUCUAUUUGGAUCACGAUUUGAUCACAAGGAAUAUCGAGAAGGCGAAAACCUUGAUCGAGGAAGGUGGUGAUUGGGAUCGCCGUAAUCGGCUCAAGGUUUACCAAGGUGCAUACUGUGUAGCGAUCCGGGAUUUCAAGGCUGCUGCAAAUUUCUUCUUGGACACUGUGAGCACUUUUACCAGCUAUGAGCUGAUGGAUUAUGCUUCGUUUGUGCGCUACACUGUUUAUGUGAGCAUGAUAAGCCUUCCGCGCAAUGAGCUAAGAGAUAAGGUAGUUAAGGGAUCCGAAAUACAGGAAGUGCUGCAUCAACUGUCGGACGUGAAGGAUUAUCUAUUCUCGUUGUACAAUUGUCAUUAUUCUGACUUUUUCAAAAAUCUCGCGCUUGUUGAAACAUUUCUUCGGAAGGAUGUGCUUUUCCAUCCUCAUUAUCGGUUCUACGUCCGAGAGAUGAGAAUUCUUGCCUACACUCAGCUGUUGGAGUCGUACCGCUCGCUUACCUUGCAGUACAUGGCGGACGCAUUCGGAGUUAACGUGGAUUACAUCGAUGCUGAGUUGUCGAGAUUCAUCGCUGCUGGCCGUUUGCACUGUAAAGUAGACCGUGUGGGAGGAAUCGUUGAAACUAAUCGUCCAGAUAGCAAGAACUGGCAGUAUCAGGCCACCAUCAAGCAAGGCGAUAUUUUGCUGAACCGUGUGCAGAAGCUCAGUAGAGUCAUCAAUAUUUAGAAAGGCUGAAAUUGCACACUUAUCUUUAUACAAUUAAUCGCUACUCAUUGUAUUCUUAAUUUGAAAUAAACUUUCUUGUAUGUACUUGUGAUUAAA